ACGGAAACCGGUGCUAACCGUAUUUUUGAGGUUAUGUUUGAACCAGGUCAUUCCCGAAUGUAUUGGGAAUUUUUCUGAAUAUUCGUCCCCACCGGAAUAAUAACAACAAUAAUAAACGGACGAGAUAAAUGAUAAUUGAUAAUUGAUAAAUGAUAAUCGACAAUCGUCCGAAGCCGAACUGGAAGCUCGAGAUAGGUGGGCUAUAAUUGGAACGGAUUCACGUAUUAGCUGGCUCAAGCAGACUGCUUCAGCUGGUCGCUGGACUGUUGUCUGUUUUCGAGAGUCGCCGUUAUCAGAUUUUUGGGACUUAAAGGUCAACAGGUCCAUUGAUUAUAGACGCCGAGUAAUAAAAAGUCGAUACCCAAUACCCGAUUCGUUUGAUCUCGCGUCCGAACGUCGCCUGCGUCUAUUUCCGAAUCGUUUUUAUUGCUUACGGAUUGCGGGUUUGUCCGAACCGAAAUAGAGACCGUAAGCACCACCGUCCGUGUCCCGUGAUUCACUCAGUCAGUCAUAGUUCUGCCAAUCGCCAAUGCUAUUGCACGUUUUCGGUACUUCAAAAAUGGAUAACUACAAGUGUUCACUGUCUGUCGUCGACGUCUACGAUAUGGCACAAGACAUCGGACGAGAGUUCGAGUCUAUCAUAGACGCGUAUGGCACAGAUGCCAUAACAGGACUAAUGCCCAAAGUGGUAUCCGCCCUAGAGCAGAUGGAAAUAUUGGCUAUGAAGAAUGAACGAGAGAACACCACCGUGGAUGACCUACGAGCGACGAUACAACAACUGGAAAUGGACAAACAGGAACGGACUGAAGAUAGAAUCAAGUAUGAGAAGGAGAUGGAACAAAUCGAAGAUAAGUGGCGUGAAGACUAUAACGAGUUGUUGACUACUGUUUCUAGACUUCAAGAUGAUAACCGUAAAUUGACAGAGUCUUUGCAAGCUGCUGAAAAGGAUAAGAUUGUUGAUUCAAAAUCACAAGUUUUAAGUCCAGAUGUUGAUACUGUUGCUCUUCAACGUCUACGCCAUACUGUAGAUCAAAUGCGUGAUAGUAUUAGAAGCUAUGAACAUCAAUUAUAUUCGAAGAGUAAUGAAGUUGAUUCAUUGAACGUUCAAAUGGAUAGGUUGCAAACUACUUUAAAAGACUUGCGACGUAAGCAUCGCUUUGCACAACUACAAUGUCGUGGUUUAGUUGAAGAGAGGGCAGAUAUUCUUUCCCAACUUCAAAAACAACAAAAAGAAUUUAUAUCACUUAGACAAAGGUUUGGUGUAGCUCAAAAAGAAAAUGAAGACCUAUCAAAAUAUAGAGAUGAUUUGCCUGAUUUGAAAAAUAAAGCCAUUUAUGAUUUAGACGAUCCAGAUAGACCAAAGUUUACUACAAAUGAACUGAAAGAUAUUUUGACUGAACGUAAUGAACUAAAAACUCGUGUUAAUGAUCUUGAAGAUGAACUUUUACAGUAUAGGCCAGUUGAACAGUCGACAAUAUCCCAGGAAAGGGAUGAAAUCCAAGAAACGCGGGUACGAAGAAUUUUGUUACGAAACUGUACCACCAGAACAGACAGUCACCGACAAAAUCCUGACACCGCUCCGGGCGAUAAGGAAGACACGCAAGUGUCAAUCAUCACCCCAGAAAUUUCAUCUGAUGUAACAUCCCCAAUCAGGUCCGACGAUGAACAGGAAGAAGGACCUGUUCAAGGACCAUUACCUUUAGAACCUGAUGAUGCACCAUGGAAACGAAAUCCAGAAUCUGGUAUUCGUAAACUUUUUCGUAAGAUGUUUGCUGAAACUAACAACUCUUUAUUUUCUAAGACUAGUCCUAAACAUCCUAAGUUAUCGUUAUCCAAAAUGGCUGUAUCCAUUGGUCAUUCGUCUAUUAUGGGACCGCCUGAAGUGUGAUAAAUAAAACAUUGAUCUCAAAUUGAAUUAUUGUUUAUUAAUCAUUACAACAAGUAUUAUUUUAAGGCAUAUGCAUAGCUAAAUUAUAAGGGAUCAGUAAACAUAAGUAACUACAAAUCAAAUGAACUUAGUAAUAUUAUUUUAUUUUUAUUUUUUACAUAUAUAUUUACAAUAUUUUUAUCGUGAUUAUUUAUUAUUAAUACUUAAAAUUGCUAGGGCAUAGCUCUUUUAAAUUGUAUUGAAUUAUUUUAUUAUUUAUUUAACAUAAUUGAACGCUUAUUUAUAAAUACAUACAAACUUUUAACUUUUCUGUGUUAGAUCUUAGUUUUUUUGCUAGUGCUAAUUAUUUUGAGACAAAACGGCAUGUCUAAAUAUUAUAAAUUUAAGUAAAUAAGACCUAUUUUAAUUGAAAAGACAUUGUGUAUGUGAUAUUGCAUUCAGAUAAUUUUUUUUUUUAUUCAUUUAUUCAACUAUUUAUUCUUUAUGUAUAAAAAUAAAAUAUUCUAUUACUUUGAUUGAUUAACUUUUGUAUCAAGUUAAAGAUAAAAAAUGCUCAUAAUGUAUUGUUUUUAAUGAUCCCCCCUUAUCAAUUGUAUUACAUUAUGUAGUACAAUAAUAUUUAGGGCCAAUGCUUUUGACGUAACUCAUCUAGUCGAGUUUAUAAUCAAAUAUAAUUGAUUUUGUUAUAUUUUUUUUUUUUUUUUUGUUUUGUUUUUUUUUUGUGAUUGUACUUAAAAGAAAGUGAAGUAUAUUUUUAUAGUGAUUUAUAAUAAAAUAUUUAACUAUUUUUAAAUAGUUUACAUUUAUAAUUAUGUUUAUAAUGUAUUGUACUGCCCUGUGCUUUUUAAUGUAUAGAGUAACGUGCAACAUUUUGUCAAGGAAAAAUGCGUACUUCCAAAAUGUUAAUUUUAAUUGGCUAUUGUUUUGUUAAUCGUAAUUAUUUGUAAAGACCGUAAUAUAGUAUUUUGAAUUAGACAAUAUUUA